GAGGCUGACUAAUCUAGCAACAGUCAACAGCUUCACUUUCAUCAUCUAUAUAUAAGGCUCUUCAAAAGGGACUUUACCAUCAACAUAGUAGUUUUUUAAUAGACUCUUACUUUAGCAUUCCAAGAAACUCCAAAAUUUCAAAACCCCACCAACAAAAGAAGAUUAGCAAUGUCAUUUUCUUAUGCUAAAUACUCUGGCUUCUUCUCCAGUGACCUCCUUCCUUCUCUCGGAACCAAAAUCAACCACGAAACAAAGCUUCGAAAAUAUAUCAUUUCGCCCUUUGAUCCUUGUUGUAGGGCUUGGGAGCUAUUUCUACUGAUUCUUGUCAUCUACACGGCCUGGAUUACGCCUUUCGAGAUUGCAUUUCUGAUAUACAAAAUAGAUGCCUUGGUCAUUUUUGACAAUAUUGUCAACUGCUUCUUUGCUAUUGACAUUUUUCUUAACUUCUUCGUGGCUUAUCUUGAUAAAGAUUCCAAUAUUCUUGUUGAUGAUCAUAAGAAGAUAGCAAUAAGGUACAUAUCAACCUGGUUCAUAUUUGAUAUUUGUUCCACUAUACCAUUUCAUGAUUUCCUCUUUAUUGAUCACAAAGAAAGUGGAGUUGGAUUUAAAUUGCUUAGUAUGCUCAGACUUUGGCGUCUUAGAAGAGUCAGUGCCCUGUUUGCAAGGCUUGAGAAGGACAUUCGUUUUAACUAUUUCUGGACACGAUAUGCAAAAUUGAUUUCUGUAACGUUGUUUGCAGUGCACUGUGCUGGAUGUGUUAACUAUGUGAUUGCAGAUAGAUAUCCUGAUACUAAAAAAACAUGGAUUGGUGCAGCAAAUCCCAACUUCAAAGAAGAUAGUCUGUGGGACAGAUACAUAACUUCAGUAUAUUGGUCUAUUGUAACACUAACAACACUUGGUUAUGGAGACUUGCAUGCUGAGAACCCGUGGGAGAUGCUGUUUGACAUCUUUUACAUGUUAUUCAACCUGGGAUUGACAUCUUACAUCAUUGGAAACAUGACAAAUCUUGUAGUUCACUGGACCAGUUACACAAGAAAUUUCAGGGAUAAUGUAGAAGCUGCUCAAGAAUUUGCAAAACGGAAUCAGUUGUCACCCAAGAUAGAAGAUCAGAUUUUGUCUCAUAUCUGUCUCAAGUUCAAAACUGAAGCAUUGCAACAAAAAGAAACCUUAAAUGUCCUGCCAAAAGCCAUCAAAUCAAGCAUUACACAUUACCUGUUUUUCCCAAUGGUUCAAAAUAUCAGUCUUUUCCACGGCGUUUCCAGGGACCUGCUUUUCCAACUGGUUGCUGAAAUGGAAGCAGAAUACUUCCCUUCCAAGGUAGAUGUGAUUUUACAGAAUGAGGCUCAAACAGAUUUGUACAUAAUAGUCUUAGGAGCAUUGGAUUUUUUAGCAGAUAUCAAUGGACGUGAACAAAUCGUGGGAAAGGCUGUUGCCGGAGAGUCGUUUGGAGAAAUAAGUGUUUUACUUGGAAAACCACAACCAUACGUUGUUAAAACAACUGAAAUAUCUCAAAUUUUAUGCCUGAGCAGAAAAACAUUAUUGAACGUUCUUCAAGGCAAUCCAGAAGAUGAACGGAUUAUAAUCAGAAAUCUUGUUCAGAAACUGCAAGGAUUUGGAGGCUUUGAUUAUGAGGACGAGGAAAGGGACGCAAGUUCAAUCUUCAACAACUGGUCAGAUAGAGGACAGAAUGACCAAGGUUGUUCUCAUGUUUCUCAGCCUGGCGACCUGAUUAGUAUAAAUAUCCAAAAUUUAGAAGCUGGAGCUAAGAAACAAGCAGAAAAUAAAGGUGAACGCUAUGGACGUAAAGGCCAAACAGUUCUUGAUCGUUCCGCAGUUUCCAAGGGGCGUAUUGAAAUGGCUCUGAGCCCACAAGAAAGAAGACGGAAAGAAGAUCAACUUGACUCAAAAGGGUGGAUAGCGAUAGCUCGAGAAAAACGUGGAGGAAACAAAAGCAUGCAUGAGUUCCUAUCAAGUUAUGUAAAUAAGAGUGAAUUAAAUGAACUGGAUAGCAAUUUCAUUAGAUUAGAUGAAGAAACAAAGAGUAGUCAAUUCAAGCCUUCAAGAAAUGAGGUCUCCUGUUCUUCUUAUUCAGGCAAUACAAGUCAAACUGGUACAAUCGGGAAAAAAUCCAUCAAGAAGAGAGUUACCAUUCACAUGAAAGAGAACAUUAAUUCAUUGCAGGAGCAAAAUGGGAAGCUAAUAAUACUACCUGAUACACUAGAAGAGCUUUUCAGAAUAGCAGGUCAAAGAUUUGGAGACUACAAUCUCAAGAAUGUUGUAAAUGCAGAAGAUGUUGAAAUAGAUGAGGUAGAUGUCAUUGGAGAUGGCGAUCACUUGUUCUUUCUUUCAACUGAUUGCACAUGUGUAGAAGCUAGUACGAUAUGACAUGAAGAUUAUCUAUGAUGUUUGCACAUCUAGUGUCUGCUCAAAGUUUCAAAGCAAUCUUAUAUAUUGAUUAUGGUAUCUCCAAGGGAUGAAAUCAAAUUGGAAAAUUCUAACAUGUACAAUAUUACAAGACUUUCUUCCAAGUAUAACUGGAGGAUGAAAAUCAUCUAGUUGGUCCAUUGAAAAACACAUUUAGUAACAUUUGGGGAAGGAAAACUAACAACAACAAUUUUUUUGGCUAAGAUAGCAUAUAUCUCUUGCAA